AGUUGUAAAGAAAUGCGUGAUGAUUUCUCAGAUGAAGCUGACAGAACUGGUGAAGGAGAUGAUAUACAAACCUGUGGAUUUAGAGAUUACAGUCAUGAGGAGGAUAUUAGUGAUUGUAAACACAGUAUGAAUUUGUCAAAAAAGAUUUAUGAUAAUGAAACUGACAGUUGUAACCCUCAUAUGUCUCUAGAGAAUAUACACUUUGGAGAUCCCAUUCCAUCAGAAAAACCUGGAGAAGAUACAAAUUCAAAGGUCAAAGCAGCCACAGUAGGGGAGGAUAAUUCAGUAGCAGUCCUAGAAAAUAAACAAACAGAUAUACUACAGAGACUUGGGGAGUUGAGGGGUGUUCUGGAUCAGAUAAACAUCAAGUAUGGCACCACCCCAACGUCGUCUUCCGGCAAAUCCUCUACCAUGCUUCUACCGGGUGGAGUCGUCCAUGACAUAGUCAUCAAUGCUGAUCCAGAGAACCCACCCGCCAUUGUAUUUGUACUCUACACACUCCUUAAGGAAAGGUGCCAGGUGUACGGAUCAAGUCUCGUCCACUCCAGUGUGACCAAUGUCCCUGACCAGCUACGUAAUAUCUUCAGUGACCAGGAUAAAUGUACCCGUGGCAACCACCAGGUGGCAAUCACAAUUAUAUGGAAAAAAGUUGAGAACGGCCCAACAUUGAUAGUCUCACCACACAACCAAACAGCAAUCGAGGGGGAAGCAAAUAUUGCCAGGUACAUCAUGCGACUCAUCAACCAGGAUUAUGACAACUCCAACCCUGUAACCACAACACAAGUAGACGAUUGGUUAGAUUCUGCCCAGCAACAGCUCCACCAAGGGAACACAAAGGAAAAGGCUGCCGCUGUAAAGUCUCUUAAUGCCAGACUUGGACGAAAUGAUUGGCUUGUAGGAUCUGAAAUCUCAUUGGCUGAUAUGGUAAUGUGGGCUGCACUGCUCCAAACCUAUCAAAUGUCCAAUGCUCCAAACAAUGUGAAAAAGUGGCUGACAGCUUGUGAUAAAAAUUCAGUUUUUCAGUUUGCAAAGACUGUUUUGAAUGGAAGGUAAACAAAUAAACAAUAUAGGUCAAUUGUUUCAGGAGUAUAUUGCCUGAAAUACACAUAAUUUUAUAUCUGAUAACAUAUUAAUAUAACAGCACAUGCCUCAAUAACUUGUUGGAAUACAUUUUUUGGAAUGAACA